AUGGGUAACGCAAUACUAGUACCAGCGUUGACUAGAUGGGAACGUAAGAAGUGGGCUAAAGUUCGGUCCACCUUCUUCAAGUACGGAGUGAACAAGCAGAGCCUGGACAUGAUUGAGAGUGCCAUGUUCUUCUGUGUGCUUGACAGCGACGCGCCAGCCAACCUUAAUGAGAUGGGCAAGCUAGGUCUACAUGGCAAAGGACACAAUCGAUG